AUGGUUCAGAAUCAAAAGACUCCUAAUCAUAAUAACUCUACUUUAUAUAUAUCCCCGGUUGUUAAUAAAAAAAAUGAUUUAAUGUAUGUUACACCACCUAAUCCCACCACGGCAACCAAUAAAUUAUUAGAUACUCCAGGAUCCAAUAAAUCUACAUCAACAUCACUGUUUUUCCAUUUUGAUCGAGCUUCUAAUCAUAAUUUACAUGAUAGAGCCAAUGACAAUUUAUUGGAUGAUCCAUUAACUCCAGUAGAUAAAUUAAGAUUAUGGCGACAUGAUGCCAUUAUGCAACAUCAAUAUAAAACUGCCGAAUUUAUUGGUGAUAAAAUUUUAGAAUUAACUAAUGAUGAUGCCAAUGAUGCAUUUUGGUUAGGUCAAGUAUACUUUAAUCAAGGUAAUUAUUUACGAUGUAAACAUUUAUUAACAUCAAAUAUUAAUUAUCAAAAUCUGAUUAGUUGUCGAUAUUUGGCUGGGUAUAGUUUAAUAAAAUUAGAAAUGUGGGAUGAUGCCUUGGAUUUGAUUGGUGAAACUAACCCUUUCAAAAAUAAUGAUACCAAUCUGACAAGUAGUAGUGCUACCACUGAUGGAGGGAUAAAACUUGAAUCAUCAAUGUGUUAUUUACGAGGAUUAAUUUAUGCCAAUCAAAAUAAUUUUGAACGAGCCAAAGAAUGUUAUAAAGAAGCAUGUAUGGUUGAUGUUAAAUGUUAUGAAGCAUUUAAUGAAUUGAUUGUUAAUAAUUUAAUGACACCUAAUGAAGAAUGGGAAUUUGUUAUGAAUCAAUUGAAUUUCCGAGACAACUUGGAUGAUAAUAAUAAUGAUGAAUUAAUUAAAUUACUUUAUAUGACAAAAUUAAGUAAAUAUUUAAACACCGAUAAAUUCAAUGAAAGUGAACAUAUCUUGAGGGAAGAAUAUGAAUUACAAGAAAAUUGUGAUUUAAUGUUGAGUCGAGCGGAUUAUUUAUAUAUUCAAUGUAAUUUUGAUGAAUGCUUAACUAUAUGUGAAGGAAUUUUAAAUAAAGAUGAAUAUAAUUUUGAUGUUUUACCAAAUUAUUUAAGUUGCCUUUAUGAAUUAGGUGGGAAAAAUAAAUUAUUUUUAAAAGCUCAUCAAUUAGCUGAAUUACAUCCAAUUAAUCCUAUGACUUGGUUAGCUAUAGGAACUUAUUAUUUAUCAAUUAAUAAAAUGGCUGAAGCCAGGAAAUUUUUCAGUAAGGCAACAUUAUUAAACCCUAAUUUUGGUAAUGGAUGGAUUGGAUUUGCUCAUACAUUUGCUGCUGAAGGUGAACAUGAACAAGCAAUUAGUGCUUAUGCUUUUGCUGCAAGAUUAUUCCCUGGGACUCAUUUACCUAAUUUAUUUUUAGGAAUGCAACAUUUACAAAUGAAUAAUUUAAAUUUACUGGAAGAAUAUUUAUUAGCAUCAUAUCAUAUAUGUAAUAGUGAUCCAUUAUUAUUAAAUGAAUUAGGAGUAAUUAAUUUCCAUAAAAAUCAAUUUGAUAAAGCAGAAUUUUUUUUACAAGAAGCUUUAAAUGCGGCAAAAAAUUUGAAUUCUGAUAGUAAAACUUGGAUUUCAAUUCAUGCUAAUUUAGGUCAUGUAUAUCGUCGAGCUAAUCAACCUUAUAAAGCAUUAGAUUGUUUUAAUCAAGUUUUAAAAAUUAGUAAUAAAAAUGAUGCUAAUAUAUUAUCGGCCAUUGGAUUAAUUCAUUUAAGAUUAAGAAAUAUUUUCCAAGCUAUAGAUGUUUUACAUGAUGCCUUGGCAAUUUCUCCAUUAGAUCCAAUAGCUAGUGAUUUAUUGAAAAGAGCAUUGGAAGCUAAUAAAGAAAAUCAAGAAAUUUUCACCACUACAGAGAAAUUAUUUCAAUUGAAUUUACCUAUAGAAAGAAGAAAACAUGAAAGUAGAUUACUUAAACAACGACAGCAGCAGCAGCAGCAACAACAACAACAAGUUAGAGGUGGUGAGAAUAGUAAGAAUUUAGCUACUCCAUUAACUACAAAAGUACGGGAUAGAAAUAUUGAUAUUAGUAAUAAUAGUAGUAUAGAUCCAAUAUUAUUUGGUGAUACUACUUCAGGUAGAAAUAAUAAUGAAGAACUAGAAGGUGAAGGAGAUGAUGUAACAUUAUUAGCUCAAGAAUUACAAAAUGGUGAAGCUUCAACUGAUGAUGAAGAUAAUGAUGAAGAUAUAAUGGAUAUAGAAAGUGAUUAA